UUGUGAUCAUGUUAAUAAUGCUUAAAUAUAGAUAAAAUCCUUAAAAUGUGAAUGAAUUCAAUGGUGAUGAUCAAGAUGUAAAUUGAUCGGAUUAGUUGAUUGACAAUUACUUUAAAUUAAAACAAAGUAAAUUCAAUAUUGAUAUAUAUUUAAAAAGAAGAAGACGACGACGACGAGGAAGUAGAAGAAAUCUAUGUAAUUAUAUAAAAAUGCCAUCGAAAUUAAUCUAUGAAAUCGUUGAAAAUGAUAACAAUAUAGAAGCUCAAUUAAAUUGUUCUGAUGAAAUUACUGAAGUAUUGAACUCAUCAGAUUGUAUACAAAAAGAUAUAUUAACUAAAACCUUACAUAAUAAUGGAAAUAAUAAAAACCAAAUAAAGCAUAAAACAAAUCACUCAUUAAAGAAUGAGGAAAGAAUUAGAAGCUUUUUUAUAUCUAAUCAAUUAUGGAUUGUUACUUUGUUAAUUCUAAUUAUCGUAAUUGUUAUUGCAUUAUUAUCUGUUUGGUUUGGAAUUGUAAAUUGUAAGUCCAAAUUAUCUGGUGUAGAUAUUGUUAAAGUACCAGGUGGUAGUCAAGUGAUAUCUUCCACGACAAAUGAGACGAUCAAUAAAAUAUGUUUGGAACCAAUUGAAUCAGGUCCAUGCAGAGCUUCCAUCGAGAUGUUUGCUUUUAGUGUAGACCAAUGGAGAUGUAUCAAAUUCAUUUAUGGUGGUUGUCACGGGAAUUCCAACCAGUUCGCUAGCAUAGAAGAGUGUGAAGCUGUAUGCCAUUAAGUGAAUUAUAAUUUCAACAAAUAUGUUUCAAGUUAUAUAAUUCACUGCUUAAUUUUCUUUGGUUUUGCAGAUUACAAUAUAUUUCUUUCAUGAUACACUGAUUAUUUCGAUUUAUAAAGUUUAUUUAUAAUCCGUGCAGAGUUUUGUAAAGAAAAAUUAUCUAAAGAUUUAAAAAUAUAUUAUCCAACAGGAAGGCCACCUGCUUGAAUAUCUGGACUACCUGUUCCUGCCAUC